AUGAUCACACGAGCCAAGGUCGGCAUCCACAAACCCAACCCCAAGUACGCCCUCACCUCUACCAGCUCCACCAUUUCCCCCGUGCCGCCCUCGGUUCGCGCUGCGCUCAAGGACCCCAACUGGCACGAUGCCAUGCGCCACGAGUUCGAUGCCCUCCUCCGCAAUGGGACUUGGUCACUCGUCGACCGGCCACCCGGUGCGCGCGUCAUCUCUGGCAAAUGGGUGUUCAAGCACAAGCUGCGCUCCGACGGCACGCUGGAGCGUUACAAGGCCAGGUGGGUGGUACGCGGCUCCAACCAACGACCCGGCGUCGACUUUGGUGAAACGUUCACGCCGGUCGUCAAACCAGCCACCAUCCACUCGGUGCUCGCCGUCAUCGCCUCCAAGCAGUGGCCUGCACACCAACUCGACGUCUCCAACGCCUUUCUCCACGGCCACCUCAAGGAGCGCGUGUUCUGCCAGCAACCUACAGGGUUUGCCGACUCCACGCGUCCCACAGCUGUCGACGACAUGAUCCUGUCCGCAUCGUCCUUGAGCCUUCUUCAGCAGCUGAUCGGCCGUCUCAAGUCCGAGUUCGCCGUCAAGGACAUGGGCGAUCUCUCGUACUUCCUCGGCAUCGAUGUACAUCGCUCCGGUGACGGCUUCUUCCUCUCGCAAGCCAGCUACGUCCACGACCUUCUCGAGCGCGUUGGCAUGACCAACUGCAAGCCGGUGGCCACGCCAUGCGACACCAAGCAGAAGGCCUCGGCUCUCGAUGGGAAGCCCGUCAGCGAUCCCUCCUUCUACCAGAGGAUGGCCGGCGCCCUCCAGUACCUUACCCUCACCCGACCGGACAUCGCGCUCGCAGUGCAACAGGUGUGCCUCCACAUGCACUCGCCCACGGAAGUGCACGCCGGCAUGCUCAAGCGAGUCCUCCGCUACAUCAAGGGCACGUCGUCCCUCGGCGUUCAUCUCCGCGCCUCGCCAUCGACGACCUUGACCGCCUACUCCGACGCGAACACGAGGCGUUCUACCACCGGUUUCUGCGUGUUCCUCGGGGAUUCCCUGGUGUCAUGGUCUGCCAAGCGCCAGACCAUGGUGUCCUGCUCCAGUGCGGAAGCCGAAUACCGGGGCGUCGUCAACGCCGUCGCCGAAUGCACCUGGCUGCGUUCCCUGCUCGGCGAACUCCACCAUGGCGUCUCCAAGGCCACGCUUGUGUUCUGCGACAACGUGUCCACCACGUACAUGUCGCGCAACCCGGUGCAUCUGUCACAAAACCGCCUAAAUUAA